UAUUUUUAUUUUUAUUAUUAUUGCGAUUUUCUACACUUCAUAUCAGCAACCACUCUGCAGAUGAAGAUGUCAAAAAAUUGUCGAAGGUACCAUGUAUUUUGCACAUGGAUUCUAUUAAAGGAAGCCACAGAGGCCUCAAGAAUCUUAUUCAAAGUUACCUUUGGGAAGAGUGGAAAGAGAGGCAGAAUCGACUAUUAGAAGAUGUUUCUUCAAAAUUUUUGAAUUUACGGUUUGUCUCUCUUGAGCUACCACAGCAAGAAAACUCUUUUGACUGUGGCCUCUUUUUGCUCCAUUAUGUGGAACUUUUUCUGGACAGAGCUCCUGUUGACUUCAGCCCCUUCAAAAUAACCAAGUUCUCCAACUUUCUUAAUAAGGAUUGGUUCCCACCUGCUGAGGUUUCUCUUAAACGUGCUCAUAUCAAGAAAUUGAUCUAUGAAAUUGUUGAAGAUAAUUCUCAGAAAGCCCCUCCAGCUCCUCGCAGUGAUGAUAAAGAUCCUUCUUCUGAAUUACCUGGCAUGGAUGAGAAAGACACUGGUGUAGAGAUUCUGCAGGAGAAAUUCAAUUCACCAGAAAUAUGUCAUAGCAAUUAUUCCAGUUCUGUUGCUGAUCAAGAAAUUGAAACUACGCCAUUAGUGGCAACCCCCCUGAGAUGUGUUCAAUCUUCAAAAGAACAGCAUUCAAUUUUCAGGGAUAGAAGUAACCGGUCCUUUGGGCAAAUGGUAUCACUUGAUCAAUCAAAGAAUGUCAUGUCACCAAUAGAGGAAUGCGAAGAGACAUUGGAGCAAUUUCCUUAUACACCAACAGACAAAGCAGGUUGCCAGCGAUUGGCUGAAGUAACUGAACCUUUCAUGCAUGCAUAUUCUGCCAAGGAGAUUAGCUCAUUGGAGACAUCUUCAUCCUCAGUUGUCUCUUUGCAUCCUGAUGAAUCUGAGCUUGGAGAUUCAUUCUCAGGAACAUCUAUUGGUGGAUCCCUUAUUUCGUCAGAGGUUGAGGUGAAUGAUAGCCUGUCUCAGGAAUUUUUGGGCUCAAAUCCUGCAAGAGGGAAUGACAAAUCUGAAUCUCCUUCAACAUCAAGUGAUCAGUUUGCCACUUACAUUAUCGAGGAUUCUGAAGAAGAAGAUGGGACAGCUUGUGUUGUCAAGGAUUCUCAAGAGGAAGAUGAGACCCUUGAUGUGAAUGAAACUGAAAAGUUUACUUUCCAACUAGGAAAAAUUCUUGGCUCGUCCAAUCAAGAAGCCAACGCAACAGAAAACAUUGUUGUUCGAGGAAAUAAUAUACGGCCCAUGUCAGAAUCAGAAGAACAGGUGGCUGCAAAAAGGCCAAGGCUAAUGACUCCUGAAGGUGGAAGAAGACGACGAUGACUUAUGUGAAGCCUGUCGAAUGACCGGCACUGAAGUGUUUUUGUUAUGAAUGGCAUUUAGGUUGAUAGAGUCUACAAAGCUUUUGGGUUAGGCUUUGGGAAGUAAAUAGCAAUCCAUCAAACACCUUACCAAAACCAAAUCAGAGGAGGGGGGAGUUUGGAAGGGGCAUAUGUUAUUGUCAAUUCAUUUUGUUAUCCCUUACCCUUGUUACAAUAUAUUUUCCAUGUAAUAUUUGUACAUAUGUAAUGCAAACAAAAUUUUCUUACAAAUUGAUGUGGCAAUUGAGUUGUUCCUAUCUUUCAGUAGGUCCAUUUCAAGUACUAAUGUUUUGUUAAUGCAUGCCACUAUUGGUUUGUAAAAGUGUAAGUUUGUUUAUAUGACAUUUUCCUUUUUAUGUUUUGUAAU